AGGCACCGAGGACCUUCCGGGGCGUGGAGCUGGUCACCCCGCGCGCCGUGCAGCUUACCAACGGCUCCCUGUACGUGGCGCGGGCCGAGCCGAGUCACGCUGGAACUUACGUGUGUAGGGCCGAGAAUUCCGUCACACACCUCACUGCCACCAUCAAAAUAUCAGUGAACUCGGCACCUUACUUCAGCGGCGGGUCCUCCUCUGUGGACGUGAGGGCAGGGGAGACCUCGGUAAUGGAGUGUCGCGUGCGUGGGGGACCCUCCACUCACCGUCACAUGGUCCCUGCGCGGCUCCUCCCUUCAUCACUCGCCAAGGUACUCUGAGAGCGUGUCGGUGGAGCCAGGCGAGGAGACGCUGGCGAAGCUUCAGGUGAGCGGCGCCAUCCAGAGUGACGCGGGCGUGUACACCUGCACGGCUCACAACGCUUACGGCAGGAACUCCCACACCAUCAGGCUCAACGUGCACGAGCCUCCGUCAGCGCCACGGGGCCUGCGCGUGGUGGCUGAAGGUUCCCGUGCAGUGCGAGUGUCUUGGACGGCGCCAGAGCCGCCGCCAGCCUCCUAUGUGCUACAGUUUCGGCGCGCCCUGGAGGGGUGGGGCGAGGCGCGGGCGGUGCCAGUGCCGGCCUCUGGCGUGGCGGCUGGCGUGGAGGUGUCGCCGCUGCUGCCCGCCACGGAGUACGUGGUGCGCGUGGUGGCCACCAACCAUCUUGGCAGGUCGCCGCCCUCCGAGGAGCUGCGCCUCACCACCUCUGCCGAGAAGCCCGGCGCCGCCCCCAGGGAUCUACGGGCCGAAGCCAUGGCGCCGCGCGAGGUGCGGGUGUCAUGGCGCCCGCCGCCCCCUGACCAGACCCACGGCACCAUCUUGGGGUACUACCUCGGUUACGCCCCCGUCAUCAGGAAGGUUGGAGCUGGGAGUCCCCCGCAGUACAACUUCACGACGGUGGAGAGUUCGGAGAGUGGGCGCGGCGGCGUGGAGAGCGAGGGCGUAUGGACGGUAAGCCUGGACGAUCUGGAGCCACACACGGACUACCAGGUGGUGGUGCAAGCGUUCAACACGGAGGGCGCCGGCCCGCUCAGCCCCCCGGCGGCGGUCACCACCAGGGAGGAUGCUCCUGGAGGAUCGCCCCUGAACCUGCACUGCACGGGCCUGUCGUGGAACCAAGUGCAGGUCACGUGGGACCCGCCCGAAUCCCGCCUGCACCACGGCACCCUGCGGGGCUACAGGCUGGAGUACGAGCGCUGGGACGGCUGGAGUGAGGCCUCGCGCAAGACGCAGACCAGGACGCUGACAGAGGUGCUGACGGGGUUGGAGGCGGCAACCAAUUACAGCGUGCGGGUACGGGCCUUCACCGGGGCGGGAGACGGGCCCUGGUCCCCACCCACGCUGUGCACCACGGAGGAGGAUGUUCCAGGGCGUCCAGUCAGCGUGCGGGGCGUGGUGUCGGGCGCCGGGGCCUUCAUUGUGUCUUGGGCGCCGCCGGCGAGACCCGGCGGCCGCAUCGUGUCCUACACCGUCAAGUGGCGCGUGGUGGAGACACGGUUGGGCGGCGGCCAUGGGCGGGAGGGCACCACCACGGUGGCGGGCACGGUCACCUGGGUGCAGGUGGACAACGUGUUGGGCAGCCUGGUGGAGGUGGAGGUGUUGGCGGCCACCAGGGUGGGGGAGGGCCCCUCCGGCACUGCGCGCGUCACCCUCACCAACACUGUGGCGGCGGCCAUCUACUCCACCGCCUCCACCAUCAGGGCGGAGCGGGGACGUGACGUGACGCUGCCGUGUGGCCACGUGGGCCAACCGCGGCCCCAGCUGGUGUGGACCUACCAGGGGCGUCAAGUGAGCGGCGAGGGGCGCCUGGUGAAGGGUGACGGCGGCCUGGUGGUGCAGGAGGCGCAGCGCCAGGACUCAGGCAACUACACGUGUACGGUGACCAACAAGCACGGCUACGACCACAUCACGCACGCCCUCACGGUGCUCGUGCCACCCUCCGCCCCGCUGGUGCUGGCGUCCUCGUCGUCCGAGCGGAGCGUCAAGGUGCAGUGGAAGCAAGGCGACACAGGCGGCGCGCCCAUCACGGCCUUCACGCUGUACUACCGCAAGGACCACGGCGCCUGGACCCAGAUCAACGUGCACCGCCACGCCCACGACCACGUGCUGCAGGUAAUUAGGGCUAUUUUUUUCACCGUGUCCGUUUGGGAGGGCGGCUGGUGGACCUCCCGCCGGUCAGCCCCUCCCCGCCUGACCCUCCCUCAGCCCCCACCGACGCAGCCCCUCCCAAACCCUCAGCACACGCAGCCUUUGAGCUUCAUAGAGAGGCUUUCAGUCCUGUCUAUAAAUAAUGCACUUUGA